AUGUCUGAAUUAGAAUACGCUAACAACUUUAUAAAUUUUGUAAAUGAUUCACCUACUCCUUAUCAUGCAGUGAACACCGUGAAAUCAAUACUCAUAAAAGCUGGUUUUGAACAAUUAGAUGAAAGAUCAAGUUGGCCCAAAUUGAAAAAAAAUGGAAAAUAUUACGUCACAAGGAAUGCUUCUUCAAUAAUUGCAUUUACCAUUGGAGGAGAAUAUGAAAAUGGAAAUGGAAUAGCUAUUGUUGGUGCUCAUACAGAUAGUCCAUGUUUACGAAUUAAACCAAUUUCAAAAAGAACUUCUGAAGGAUUUAUAACAAUUGGAGUUGAACAAUAUGGAGGAUUAAUAGCUCAUACUUGGUUUGAUAGAGAUUUAUCAAUUGCUGGAAGAGUUUAUGUCAAUGAAAAUGGACAAUAUGUUCCAAAACUUUUGAAAAUUGAUAAAACAUUGUUGAGAAUUCCUACUUUAGCCAUACAUUUAAAUCGUGAAGUUAAUACAAAAUUUGAAUUUAAUAAAGAAACAAAAUUAGUACCUAUUGCAGGACAAGUUGCAUUAGAGAAAUGUUCAGAUGAUCCUAAUUUACAAUUAACUCCUGAACAAUUUGAAUCUGUUCAACAUGUUAUAUCAAGACAUAAUCAAUCAUUAAUUGAAUUAAUAGCUAAAGAAUUAGGAAUUGAACCAAAACAAAUUGAAGAUUUUGAAUUAUUAUUAUAUGAUCAUCAGAAAUCUGUAAUUGGAGGAUUAAAUGAUGAAUUUAUCUUUUCACCAAGAUUAGAUAAUUUAACAUCUUGUUAUACAGCAGCACAAGCAUUAGUGGAAUCAAUUGAAACUUUGAAACUGUCUAAAGGUAUUCAAUUAAUAAGUUUGUUUGAUCAUGAAGAAAUUGGUUCACGUAGUUCACAUGGAGCAGAUUCAUCUUUUUUACCAGAUAUUUUACAACGUUUAACUCGAACUGAUUUUAAUGGUGAUUCCUCAGUAGACUAUUACCAUGAAACUAUUUCCAAAUCAUUUUUAUUAUCUUCAGAUAUGGCACAUGGUGUCCAUCCAAAUUAUACAGAAUUUUAUGAAUCUCAACAUCGUCCACAACUUAAUCUUGGACCUGUUAUUAAAGUAAAUAGUAAUCAACGCUAUUCGACUGCGUCAAAUGGAGCAGUCCUUAUAAAAACAGUAGCUAAUAGAGCUAAAGUAAAUUUGCAAAUUUUCGUUGUUAGAAAUGAUUCGCCUUGUGGUUCAACAAUUGGUCCUUUACUCAGUAGUAAAUUAGGUAUAAGAACAUUAGAUUUGGGUAAUCCUCAAUUGUCAAUGCAUUCAAUAAGAGAAACUGGAGGAACUUAUGAUAUUAAAAAAUUAAAUGAUUUAUUUAAAUCCUUUUUUGAAAAUUAUAUUGAAAUUGAAUCUAAAAUAGUAUGUGAUCAUUUAUAA